AUGGCAUUCAGCAGGCAGCUCUUGAUCCUCUUCUCAGCGCUCAUGGCCUUCCCAGCUGCCACCAUAGCUGCUGACGCAGAGAAGAAGAUUGACGUGGUGGUUGAAGGCGUGGUCUACUGCCAGAGCUGUGAGAACGCUGGAACAUGGUCUCUCUCUGGCGCCAAGCCAAUCCCGUCUGCUAAAGUCAGCGUCAUCUGCAAGAACUACAAGGACCAAGUCAGCUACUACAAGGUGUUUGAAACAGACAGUAACGGCUACUUCUACGCACAGCUUGAAGGCUUCACGAUGAGCCAAUGUCUUUUGGAACAUCCUCUUCAGUCGUGCCAUGUGAAGCCCGUCUCGUCUCCUCUUGAAAACUGCAACCUCCUUACCAACGUUAACUACGGUCUCUAUGGCGCCUCGUUGCGUUACGAGAACAAGAGAUUGUUUGGAAGCAGCUAUGAGGCUGUUGUCUUUGCUGCAGGCCCCUUGGCAUUCCGCCCAGAUCAUUGCCCUGUUCCCUAA